CAUACUGAGGUCGGCAUGGUUCAUCUUAGUUUUAUGUAGGAUAUUAACGACUUCAGUGUAAUAAGACAAUUAUUUAGCUAUCAUACACAUCAUAAACUUUGGACUCGGAUCGCGAGUCUGCUUUUAUUUAUCAUUCUAUAUUGUGGGAUUUUUUAAAAAUGAAUACGUAUUUUACGCCGAGUUUACAGCUGCAACGAAAUGGAGAUAUACCCAGGCAAACGUUUUACAGUGAGGGAGGACCCCUGACCCAUGGCUACGGGAUGACGGACACCUGUAUCCCGAACUCUCUGAAGCUACACCAAUUCUCCCACGCCACGGAUUCGCCAAAUCUCAGCUACACAGUCAUGCAACCAAGGAGAGACUUACAAAACUCCUCUGUGAUCCAACAGUACCAAAACAAUACAUACGGCUGCAAUUUAGAACAGAAUGACUCGAGUGAUAUAAUGAAAUUGGCAGAUUUGCAGGGCCUCUCAACACAGGACUUAGUUGGACACACGGGGGAGAAAUUGGACCAAGGGUUUCCGACCCCGAACGGAGCAGCUGCAGGCCUAUACCCCUGGAUGUCAAUUGUAGCACCACGAUGGGCCACCUUUCUUGGUCCAAACUCAAAUCAAAGACGGAAAGGUCGUCAAACAUACUCUCGAUACCAGACUCUCGAACUCGAAAAAGAAUUCAAAUUCAACCGUUACCUCACACGGCGCAGGCGCGUGGAGCUAUCGGCACUACUCUGCCUCAGUGAACGUCAAAUCAAGAUUUGGUUUCAGAACCGACGAAUGAAGGAAAAGAAGGAAAUGCAGGCCAUCAAGGAGAUAAACAAGAACUCUGAUAAGAGUGAUGUGCCUGUGAAAGAGACUGUGGUAGCAAUCAAGUCAUGAGGUGCUUGUGCAUGCAUUGCCUACAUGUAUUGAUCAACAUAACUUAUUGUGAAACCACACUCUUAAUAACAAGGGGUUUGAGUUUUUGAAAAAAACAUUUAGGGAUUUUCAGCCAACACAAAUAUACAUCCCCUGUUUUUUUCCAGAAAAAUGAAUAACCCCUGAAGGGGUUUGAGCUUGGGAAAAACCUCAAACUAAAAUCCUCUCAGGGGUGAAUAUUUGUAUUUAAAAAAACCACAAACCCAACAACUUUUAUUUGUAAGAGUGCAUAGAUGUCGUUCAUCUGUGGUCGGUUAUCUGAGUAAAAUGGCGUUGACGCUAUUUUGUUACUGAUGAAAGAUGUUUCCCGCUACCUGCAUUAGAUAUAUGUAUACUGGUGGCCAUGGAGAAUAGCGGAAAUGCGUCAUUUUAAAGGUAUUGAGUACUUGACAUGACGUCAUCUUUCUUCUAAAGCACCCCUGUCACAGUAUUCUGCAGGAUUUCGAAACCUCUUAGCCAAUACUUUGAAAGCAUGUUACUAGACAGUGCUUUUGUCUGCCACUAAGAGCAACUAAGUGUGGACGCCAUUUUUGUUCAUAGGCCGAACAACUCCGCCCGUCUUUGGACAGGUUAGAGGAGGUAGAGGAUUUCAUCUGAAGCCGCAGCUUUCCACACUUGGUGGGGAUCUAUUUCUGCCCUGGCUUCAGGUACAAGCAGCGUCAGUUCUCCGUCUCAUUCGGAGGACGAGUAGUGGUGUGAAAGAUGAUGUAUGGACUGACCAACUGUAUGGCCACGUCAGGCCGCCGCUCAAUUUGAGUCUCAUUAAAUCGGUGUUGUCAUGAUUGAUGUAAAUAUGUAUCCAGCGCUUGAUUGUUGGUAACCAGUAUUGGAAUAUGGAAAUAUUUGUUGUUGUUGAUGUGCACAAUGGUUACGGGUUAAGAUAAGUUCGGUUGGUUCAAUGUUUAGGCUUAUUGAGCAUGUUACGAAAAGAAGUUAUGAAAAGUAUGACUGGCAUGACCUGGCCCUUCCGCUUCAAAUUUGAAAUGAACGAGGCCUAGGGAACUUUUACAUGCAAUACAUUGGCACUCAUUUUACCUAUGCUUUUUGGACUUUGAAAUUAAAGUAGCUAUGAGGGCUUUUUAUCCAUCAUGUUUCGUCAUGCUCGUUAGGUAUGACUAGGCAUGUCUUGGCCAUCUUCUUAUCUACCCUUUCUAGACUUUGAAAGGAGGAUGUUGAAUAAUGACUAUGACAUGGCUUGGUCUUGGCAAUUCUCCUAGCCAUGCUUUCUUAUACUUGCAGAGGCAUGGCCGACUUUGUCGUGCAAGUGUGAAGAGAUGGUUUUAGUGAGUGCUGCUGUUCAGUGUGCCGGAGUGGGCUGCGGUUGGCGGAGAGAGGGGUGAUGUUUACUGCCAGUAAACAGUCGGCAGUGCUGUCAUUGAGACCGCAACGUGGCGAAGGUCCGAUUUUAUUAAAAAUGGUCCAUGGUUUAAAAGCGAGAGGGGUUGACAUGGCCAAGAGGCCAAUGUGAGGUGUUGAACUUGCGUCUGUUCUCAGAAUGUUCUUUCCACUAACCUCAUUAUGUUUUUUUGCAAUCAUCUCGAAACAGCACUUGACAACCUUCUUGUGGUAGCAUCUUCAUAAAAAGAAAAAAAAGAAAAGUGGAAAAAAGAAAGUAAAUCGGAUGGCCGGGUGAUGAAAAGUACAAAUACGUUAUAUGCAUGCAGUGUUAACACUAGUGAAGGACAUGAUGAAAUGUUCAUCUUGGGUAGAUAUAUACCACUGGCAGCUACCAGGUUCAGAAAAGGGGGAUGUUUUGGGAAAGAAGCAACAGUAGACCUACUAGAUCUCAAUGCAGUGUUUUCGUUGUUGUUUCUAUAGUUUUCUAUUGUACAAAUGUAUUGUAACAUUAUUGUAAAUAAGAGAAAUUAUAUGUCAGUUGUACUGAUUUUAUCGAAUAAUUACUAAAGUGUAAAGUGUAUUAACAAAUCUUCAGUGGACCUUUUGAGGCGCUUAGAAACAACUAUCAUUUGUUUUCGGCUCUCAGCUUCCAUUCAUAGCUAAUAGGCAGGUUUCACAAGCCUUACAAAGUGCUACGAACCACGAAGUUCGAUGUAUGUAAAUGUAUUCAACGCCGACUUUGUUUGGAAAAUUUCCCCGAUUUCUCCUUAUUUAGUAUAACAUUUACGAGUGCGUGGAAAUGAAUUAGCACUGGUCAUGAUGAAACGACAGAACUUCGCAGUUCGUAGUUAGUUGCUUACAGGGGUCGCGAACCUUGCCUUUUUUAUUUAAAUCACUAACCACUGGGGGUGGAGGAGUUGGCCCCUGCCACUGUUCUCUUUUCAUUCACGCGACUUGCUCUCAAUGCGCCGAUUUGAACCAUCCACAUAGUGGCCCCUGGUUUCGCUUCUCUAGAAUAACACCAGGGAUCGAGACUGGCAUCAGAGCUAAAACUAACAGCGAAUUGUGAAUAGAACAUAGUGAGGGCAUAUUGUCCCCCAUUUUACUUUUUAUAACAGGCUGGUAUCAUUGCUGGUCUCUCAGUAUUUUCCGUAUAUGCCGAGUCAUCUGUGAUCAGACACCAAGCGGUGCCUCCUGGAAUCAACAGUAUUGGAAAUGAUCAUUAUUCUAUGGAGUCAUUCUGAGAGUGGCUUCAAUUGCCCAUUUUCAUAAUUAGAGUCAUUCACCGGCAGCUAAUGCUUUAACAGGAUGAUGAACCUGCUUUCAAACUCUUCCAUUAUAUAAAACGCAUUAAUCAGUAAUCAUUUAGAACACUCCAUCCUAUGUCAUCUACCUCAAAUGUAGUUCUGCAAUUCGCCAACAGGUCCACUUUUGCAGUUGCUAUGACAUCAAAUUACAUUCAGCCUCCAGCACCAAGCCGGAUAUACUUAUUCAGAACUCCCACUCAUUCGUAUGGACGGCUGCGUGACCUCUAGACAAGGACGCCCAGAAUGCACCGCGCAGCUUCCAGACGGCAAUUGACCUUGAUGCUUUGAUCACAUGCAUCAAAGGGAUGCCGCCACGAUAGAAAAUCGUGAUAGACUAGUGAAAAAAGUCGUAACCCCGAGGCUGUAUUCAGGAUCUGUUUCAGGUUAAAUAUUCGGACAAGUCGUAAAGUCCUCGCAAGCUGUUGAAGUAAAAUCGGAAUCGUUUUCAUUCAGCAUUUCCGACAAUAUUUUAUGUAGUGAGCUUAAAAUGUGCAAGUAUGACGCAUUUAAGGCUGGAUCGUUAGUGGCCCGGACAAGCGCGCUUUAGCACAUCUCUGGUUUGUUUUUUUAUCCUGAGCCGAGCUGGACCAAAGCUGCCAGGAAAAUUUAUUUAUCAAAAGUAUCUAACAUUGAUGGAUUAUAUGAAUGAGAGGUAUAAUCAUACUGAAUCUGAAAAACGCCUGUUCUCAGGAUUUGUGAAGGGGAAGUAAAGAACCCUAGUUACAUAACUAUUACUUUUAGUAGAAGAAACAAGUUGAAGCCUGUUUCUUCUAGUAAUAAUUUGUUUCUUCAAUAUUGUUGCAUUUUAGAAGUGUUGAAUCGUUUGCUUUUAAUUCAGCUCGUGUUCAAUAUUUCGGUUUUAAUGAAAAUAAACGAGUAAGAAAAACAAUGGUUUUUAUCUCCCAGUCUUUUAUCUCAAUUUCCACGAAGUAAAGUUGACUGAUGGUUUAAUAGGCCCCGUUUAACUCUUUCACUGCCAGAUAUUUUUUCGAUA